GGAGGAGGGCCUUGAAUGUAUAUUUUAUUGUAACAGCAUGUUUCGCCCUGUUGCCUUGUUACUUUUGUAUACCUUCUCGCACUACCCAUUGACCAGUUUAUCUGAUCAUUAUGGUGCACCUUCAGGGCCCCUAUUGUCUAAGCAAAGGCGCGUUAGCGAAGAGACUAUGGUCAUAUGUUUUCGAUGCACCGUUCUUCGCAUACACACACACACUUUCCACCCACUUUCCAAACAGCCAAACACACAAAAUGGAUACCAACGUCUCUUCCAUGGCCUUCUUCAGGAACAUGAAGUGCAACAAUGCGGCCCCAUCCACCUCGGCCCCUUCCUCGGCUUCCCGCUCCCACUCCGGUCGCCUGUUCUCGUUCAAGCGCAACAAGGCAUCGCGUGCCUCCGAGAUCGGUCCCCUGAACCCUGGUUCUGAGAAGAUCAUGAACUCGACCAACAGUUCCUCAAGCUCGCUCUCGCGGGGUUAAACCAAGCCAGUCGAACGCCGCGUUGCUCGAUCAAGACAACCAAGUCUAGCCGAAUACUGCGAUAAGACGCCUAAGCGUUAACGCAUACCCCACUCCAAGAGAUAUGGGAUUCUUUCCAUCACCACAAGUGAUCUGUGAAUUACUUUAGCAUCGUU